UGUGCUCUGCCUGCCUUUGUAUGUGUGUGUGUGUGCGGUUUGUUUGGGUGUCACCGCAGGGUGCCGUCAGCACAUAACUCCUUCUAAUAGUCCCUACCUCUAUCUGUUUCAAACACUCCGGGUCCCAAGAUGGACUUUCCCUUGUCCUCUGACAUCACCCGCGUGACUUCAAAACAAACCAGACGGGUUUCGUCCCCGUGAUUUCCACCGGUAGAGACACCUGUUGCACCAGUUCCGCGUUCAGGAGAGGAAGGCGGACUACUACUACUGCUGCUCGGCGGGACAGGUGCACCUCUCGUCCCCCAACCCCCCGGACGGCUUUGGAUUGUACGCUGUCAACGUGUUAAUAGGAAUAUAUAUUGGACUUUUAUUGUGAAGCGCCAUGAAAGUGACGGUAACUUUCGGAGACACGGCGGUCGUUGUCCCGUGCAAGGAUGGCUGGACGGUGCGGGAUGUGACCGAUCAAGCCACGCGCAGAUACCGGAAGAUCUUAGAGAAGGCUCAGCAUUUGGAGUAUGUGGUCAGGAUCCAUCACGUGGAGUACGAUGAGGGCGGGAUCCUGGACAUGGACGACCCAAUCACAGACCUGUUGGAGGACAAGGACCGGCUGGUGGCUGUGUUUGAGGAGGAACCGCGAGGCAGGGCGUCCAGUCCCGAAGGCAGCGUCUCCUCCAAUGGGCACGCUAGUCCCGCCCCGUUCCUGGAGCCCCUCCAAUACAACUCGCACUUCAUGCCGCAGCAGCCAAUCAGAGCGGAGAUCGAGGUCAACGAAGCCGUGCUCAAAAGCAACACUCCUCUUCUGGUGAGGAGCAGCAGUGACUCAGCAUUGGCUCCGCCUCUGGAAGUGAUGGCCUCGCCCCCACAUGAAGACCUCGGAGCACCUGACGCAGAUGUCCACUCCGUGCUGAAGGGGGCUCUGGACCGGACCACACGACAGGACCAACCCACCGGCAAGAUGCCCAAGGUCAACUUCAGCCCUCUCACCAAGACGGUGGCGUUCUCUGGGGACCAGGGCCCUCUGGGAAUCCACGUUGUCCCCUACAACUCCUCCCUCAGCGGACGGAGCCUGGGUCUGCACAUCAAGGGCAUGGAGCCCAACAGCCGUUCCCGUAGAGACGGGAUCUUCCAGGAGGACGAGUGCAUCGUUCAGAUCAACGACAGCCCCCUGCUGGACAAGACCUUCGCCGAGUCGCAGGAGGCCUUCCGUCAGGUGCUGGGCUCCCCCCGUGUGCGCCUGCAGGUCCUCUCGGUGGCCAACCAGCCGCGCUACGAGAAGAGCCUGAUUGGCCAGCUCUUCACCGGCGACGCCCCGCCCGGCCCGGCCCCGACGACCGACAGCCCGCAGCUCCUGCGCCCCGCCCCCCCCGCUGCCGCCGCCGCGGCCAAACCGGGCCCCCCAGCCCCCCCGAAGACCCAAGUCCGCCCCAAGACCCCCGAUCCUUCGCUUGAGCCCCUCUACCCCGCGCCGGGGUCCCGCGGGGGGGCGGCGGCGGCGCCGCCCUCCGCAGGGCGGGCCCCUCACCACACGCCGACCCCCCCGCUGCCGGCCGCCGGCCCCCGGGGACAGAGCCCGCCCCCGGCGACGUUGCCACGGGGGGGCGGGCCGGCGGCGCCGCCUCCCGCCACCGGACGGGCCCCGCGCGCCACGCCCACCCCCCCGCUGCCGGCCGUCGGGCCCCGGGGACAGACCCCGCCCCCCCCCGCGAAGGGCCCGGUGGGGGCGGGGCCCCGGAAGGGAGGGAAAAGGCUGAACAUAGAGCUGCAGAAAGGCUCGGAGGGCCUGGGCUUCACCGUGGUCACCAGGGACUCUGCGCUCCACGGACCCGGGCCCAUCCUGGUCAAGAACAUCCUGCCCCGGGGGGCCGCCAUCCGGGACGGGCGCCUGCAGCCCGGGGACCGCAUCCUGGAGGUGAACGGCGUGGACAUGACUCUGCGGACCCAGGAGCAGCUGGUGGGUCUGCUGCGCAGCACCCGGCAGGGAGAGAGCGUGUUCCUGGUGGUGGCCCGCCCCGAGGAGGGCUCUCUGCCCCGCGAGCUGAAGGGUGAGGCCUCCCCGGCGGGCGGGGCGCUGCUGCCCGAGGACGGCUGUGAGCAGCUGGUGUUCGAGGUGCCUCUGAGCGACAGCGGCUCGGCGGGCCUGGGGGUCUCCCUGAAGGGUAACCGCUCCCGGGAGACCGGGGAAGACCUGGGCAUCUUCAUCAAGUCCAUCAUCCACGGCGGCGCCGCUCACAAGGACGGGCGUCUGCGCGUCAACGACCAGCUGCUGGCGGUCAACGGCGAGGCGCUGCAGGGCCAAUCCAACAACGCAGCCAUGGAAACGCUGCGCCGCUCCAUGUCGUCGGAGGGCAACGCCCGGGGAACCAUUCAGCUGGUGCUGCUCAGGCCCGUCGCACAGACGUCCACCAGCCAAUCAGGAGGAAGUGCCAACGCCGCCGCAGCUAAUGGCUACCAGGACGCUAGCUCCCACGCAGCCAAUCAGGUGUUUGAGGAGCCCGUCUCCCUGCCAACCAGGGGCCCCGACGGGCCCCACCCCCCCCGCCAGGGGCCGCUGCGGGGGCCCUCAGCCUACUCGGGCCCCCCGGGGUCGGACCCCCGGCCCGGGGGGCCGUCGCCGUCGCCACAGAGCGACGGGUACGAGUACGGGAGGCCGGCGAAUGCUGGUUCUUACCCGCAGAAUGGCGGUCGCUAUGACGAUGACUUUGAUGAUGAGGAGGAGGCGGAGUUAACCCAGGCCUUCCCUCUGCACCCCUCCCCCGGCGCCGUGGCGGAGAUUAAGAGACAGCUGCCUGCCCCGCCCCACAGUGAGGACGAGACGGGCUCCUUUGAGGAGGAGCCGGCCUACAGACUACCGGACCGGGACCCCGACCUCCUCAGCCCCCGCAGCCGCGCCUCCAAGAGCAUGGACCUGGUGGCUGAUGAGAGUAACGUAGGAUCUCUGGCGGGACCGGGGAAAGGUGAGCGCACACACACACACACACACAGACACACACACACACACACAACCACACACACACACACACACACACACACACACACACACACACACACACACACACACACACACACACACACACACACACACACACACACACACACACACACACACACACACACACAGAGCUCUGCAUACAGGCUAAUUGGUAUUGACAGGGCCUGCCCGGCGUCCCUAUAUACCUAUUUCCCCGUAUUGAUGGAUUAUCCUGUGCUGAGCCAGCGGUUCGCCGGGGCCCGCUGGCUCGCGGGCCGCUGGCGGGGCCUCUCUGCUUUAUGGGCCCUGACGUCUUUUCAUUAGGAGGAUGGCCCCCCCAACUUU